UCUACUCUUUCUUCUCUGUGUGUUUUGGUUAGUCAACUGCUAGCUAGCAGUGACAGUGAUAGAUAAGGACAUACAGCCAGAGGAAACAGCCAUACAACGCCUUAAAGAGAUGUCUGGUGGUCCCUUCUCCUGCUUCUCCAAACAGGGAAUACUCCUUCUCCUACUCUCCAACCUCCACUAUGGUGUGGUUGUUUCUUCAUACCUGUCAUUCCUCAAGACGGUAGGGGACUCUGUGACGAUGCCUGCAGGCUUAGAGGGGCAAAAUGUCACCCUAAUUAUGUGGAGGUAUAGCGAAACGGAUAUUGCAGAAUUCAACUCAGAAGGUUUAUAUUUCCAUGGAUCCCAGUUCAAGGGCAGACUAGAAAUGAAUGCCAAUGACUUCAGUUUAACAAUUAGGAAACUGACUCUGCAAGACUCAGGGGAAUAUCUAGUUUUUGCUGAAACAGACAAGCAACUUCCCACUAAGGCUGUGACUCUGCAGGUUCACGAGCCUAUAUCCAAGUUGGUGAUCCAGACACACAUCAAGCUAUUGGCCAAACACUCCUGUUCAGUGUGGCUGGUGUGCAACGCAUUCAGUUACUCCAACCUCACCUACACCUGGAAGAGAGACAAUGAGAUGUACAUGGACGUCCAGCAGAUUCACUUCUCUCUCUCACCAGCAGAGGGAGACAUCAGUGUAACGUGCAACGCCUCCAACAUAAUCAGUUGGAAAACUGCCUUAGCGACAGUAAAGUGUAGUAAUGACACAACCGACCUAGGGCUGGCAUGGUAUACCAACUACAUCAGAGCAUCAGUAGGAGGCGCUGUGGUGAUGAUCCUCACUGUAGUUGUGGCAGUGUGCUACUGCAGGGGCCGCCGUGACACAGGUAUGUACAGCUUAGGGCCCUUAACUAUACUUAAAGUUACAUUUCAGGUGGUUCUAGAAAUAUUCUUCAGAUGAUAUUAUUGAUUUGUAUUUGAAUAUUGAAUUUGAAUGACUGUGAUUGAAUGGAAGACUAUGUAGUCUACUUUGAUAAUUGUAGCCGCAGACUCUGCAGACUCUGUAUGACAAGAUCACAUUUGGACGCCCAGAGCCCCCCACCUCUCCCUACCAGAAAGUACUGUGAGCUGAACAGGAUGUGGUCAAAGGCUGGGCCUUUCAUAGAUAUAGAACACUCUGCAUCCUCUGCAUCUUGCAUGUGUAUAUUCUGUAGUUAGGCCAAGAUGUUACUGGUUAAUUUCAUCACGGCCUACACUAUUUGCUUACUUUUUCAUGAUUGUAAUCUUCUCCCUUUACAGUGUAUCAUAAGGCCUUACGUCUUUCUUUGAGGCCCUAGUUACAAUUAGGAGAUUCUGAAAUGUGUAACAUGCAGUAGUAGGAGUGGUGAUCAAACAAGCUCAUAUGUCGAAUUUCUAUUUUCUUGAUUAAAGAGAAGAGUUGUAGAUAAUAGUAUGAAAUUGAUUUGUGAGAAUGAUUUAUGCCUGUGAGUAGAAAGUAUACUCUUUUGCAUUAGGAUUAAGUGCUUGCCAGGCAUCAAUGAGGUUGUAAUCACAGAGUAUAUGCUGGAGAGCCUUGGUUGCGUGUGGAUUGUUGUUGGUAGGGAGGAGGUCAGAGAUCUGGCCAUGUGGUGCCAGGACAACAACCUCUCCCUCAACGUGACCAAG